AUGUAUAAAAUGGAAUAUUCUUACCUCAAUUCCUCUGCCUACGAGUCCUGUAUGGCUGGGAUGGACACCUCGAGCCUGGCUUCAGCCUAUGCUGACUUCAGUUCCUGCAGCCAGGCCAGUGGCUUCCAGUAUAACCCGAUAAGGACCACUUUUGGGGCCACGUCCGGCUGCCCGUCCCUCACGCCUGGAUCCUGCAGCCUCGGCACCCUCAGGGACCACCAGAGCAGUCCGUAUGCCGCAGUUCCUUACAAACUCUUCACCGACCACGGCGGCCUCAACGAGAAGCGCAAGCAGCGGCGCAUCCGCACCACUUUCACGAGCGCGCAGCUCAAGGAGCUGGAGCGUGUCUUCGCCGAGACGCACUACCCGGACAUCUACACCCGCGAGGAGCUGGCGCUGAAGAUCGAUCUCACGGAGGCUCGAGUUCAGGUGUGGUUCCAGAACCGCCGCGCCAAGUUCCGCAAACAGGAGCGCGCGGCUGCCGCCGCUGCAGCUGCGGCCAAGAACGGCUCUUCGGGGAAGAAAUCCGACUCGUCCCGGGACGACGAGAGCAAAGAGGCCAAGAGCACCGACCCGGACAGCACGGGGGGCCCGGGCCCCAACCCCAACCCCGCGCCCAGCUGCGGAGCGAGCGGCGGCGGCGGCGGCGGGCCCAGCCCGGCAGGAGCUCCGGGGGCGGCGGGGCCCGGGGGUCCGGGCGGAGAACCCGGCAAGGGGGGCGCGGCGGCGGCGGCGGCGGCAGCGGCGGCGGCUGCGGCAGCGGCGGCGGCAGCAGCGGCUGGAGGCCUGGCUGCAGCCGGGGGCCCUGGACAAGGCUGGGCGCCCGGCCCGGGCCCCAUCACCUCCAUCCCGGAUUCUCUGGGGGGCCCCUUCGCCAGCGUCCUCUCCUCGCUCCAAAGACCCAACGGGGCGAAAGCCGCCUUAGUGAAGAGCAGUAUGUUUUGAUCGGGGCCUCCUGCAGCGGCUGCAGCGGCGGCGGCGGCUGCGGGCGAGCCGGGGGUGGGGGGUGGC